UUUUUUUGAGGGGGAUUUAAAGAGUUUGACCUCGCGCGCGUAGCAGAGCAGCGGACUCCUUCCUCCGCUUCUUUCCGCGUAAUUCCCCUCUUUACAUUUAACCCCCUCCGAUGUCCAUCUCCUUCCCCUUGUUAGGGUUAGGGUUUUCAAUCUCGAUCCCCUUAAAAAUGUGAUCUUUUUCGCUCGAUUUCUCUUCUCGUUUGUACCAUGAUCCUCCAUUCUGCUCGCUAUUAUGCCUUGGUGGAAGAGCACCAAUUCCCCCUCCUCCUCCUCCUCCCCUCGCCGUAAUCGCAAUGAAUCUCCCGCCAUCUUCAGCCGCCGGGGCAGCGGAGAUUCCUCCGCUCAGCCUCGCCUCACUCGCCAGCGUAAGCUCCGCCACCUCACCAACAUUGACGUCGCCGGCGCCAGCUCUGCGUCGUUCCCGGUCACGACAUCGCCGACCAAUCUUGAUGUAACCCCUCUGAGGUCAUCCUCGUCGCCUGUGCUGCUGCCCCAGCCGCUGCCAUUGCCUGGGAACUCGCCGCAGUCGCCGAAUCGGAGGGAGCUUCGGUUUUUGUCCGGGGGAUGUAGGCUGCCGUCGCCAAGGGAGGGGAGCGGAGGGGAUGAAGGGUGUUGGUCGUCAGAUUCAGUUGCAUGUAGGUUAACUUAUCAGGCUGCUCUAAAAAGUCCAGAGCAUGUUGAUGCACCAGCAGGCAAAUCAAUGUUUAGUGAUUAUAGGAAGGCUCUGCAUGAUCCAAAUUCUGUUGAAACUGUAAACUUCAGGCUGAACAUACCUGCUAAAAGUGCUCCGUCCACAAGAUUUUCAAGUCCAGUACUUAGUCCACGAAGAAGUAAUAUAGAGAACGACCAUACUUACAAUUUCCCUCAGGGUCUCUUGUCACCUUCAGACAUAGUUUCAGACGAUACGAUGCCAGGUUCCUCUACUCAGUCACCUGGGAAAGUUAGUCCUGACUGCCCGUCAAUGUAUAGUCCCACUUCAAAAAGUCCUGUUGUAAGAUCACGAAAUCCUAGCGCACCUUCAUCACCAGUGCAUCCCAAGUACCCUGAAAACUCAGUUUCAUGGCAUGAAGAUAAUGGCAAUGCAAAUGUCCACCCAUUGCCUCUACCACCAGGAGCUGCAGUUCCAUCGCAGUCCCCUUUUACUCAUCCUAAUACAGCAAAACCAGAGCCAUCUCCAUGGCAAAAGCAAAAACUCAUUGGAAGUGGUACAUUUGGAAAUGUCUAUGUGGCAACGAACAGACAUACUGGAGCUUUAUGUGCCAUGAAAGAAGUAAAUAUAAUUCCUGAUGAUCCAAAAUCUGCUGAAUGUUUGAAACAGUUGGAGCAGGAAAUAGAAGUCCUUAGUCAAUUAAAGCACCCAAAUAUCGUGCAGUAUUAUGGGAGCGAAAUGACUGAGGAUCGAUUUUUCAUAUAUCUAGAGUAUGUUUUCCCUGGCUCGAUCGAUAAAUAUGUUCGUGACCAUUGUGGAGCUAUGACAGAAUCAGUGGUUCGUAAUUUCACUCGGCAUAUCCUCAGGGGGCUGGCUUAUUUGCACGGUUCCAAAAAAAUCCACAGGGACAUUAAAGGAGCAAAUUUGCUUGUUGAUAUUAAUGGUGUUGUAAAGCUUGCGGACUUUGGGAUGGCAAAACAUUUGAGCGGAGUGGCUGGUGCUCUUUCAUUGAAGGGAACUCCAUAUUGGAUGGCUCCGGAGGUUGUCCAGGCUACUAUGAAUAAAGAUGUGGGUUAUGAUUAUGCUGUUGAUAUUUGGAGUUUGGGAUGUACAAUUAUUGAAAUGUUCACUAGGAAGCAUCCUUGGAGUGGACUAGAAGGGGCGGCAGCAAUGUUUAAAGUCCUUCAUAAAGACCCACCAAUACCAGAUACAUUGUCGUCUGAGGGCAAGGAUUUUCUGAGACGAUGCUUCUGUAGAAAUCCAGCAGAUAGGCCGACAGCAACAAUGUUGCUGGAUCACCCUUUUAUUCGAAACUUACAGCACCACAAAAUUCAUGGGUCUAUUCAGGACUUUGCACGGAUAAAAAUUAUUGAGAACACAUAUAGCCCUAGGGACAGGACAAAAGUCAAAAGUGAAACAAAUUUUAAAGGGAAACAAGUAGCUAACGAUGAGGCUGCCCGCUCUCUAGAAACUUCUGAAUCGGCAUCAUCACGGAUAUCUCCCCAAGCCAUGCCUGAGGGUGUCCGUAACUUUUUUGCACAUACAAAUCAUGUUUUUCUAAGUCCUUCAGGCUCAUCUAAUAAUUCAAGUGGGGUACCUUUAAUUGUUGGACACAAUCAGCUCUAUGCAUUACCGAAGCCCAACAGGAAGGAAAUUUUGGAUCUCUUCUGAUAAUGGUUUUUUUUCUGAUCACUUGAUUCAUCUGUACAAGCUACAGAAUCAGAGGACUAACUGCUGGUCUUUUGGGUGCUCGAGUUGUAGAUUAUGUUGUUUCCCCCUCUUUUCACCUUCCUUCGAUUAAUAGGAGCUAGUUUUGUGCAUAUAAUGGCGAUAGUACACACUACAGGAUGUGUUGUAAAUGUUUUGCCCGAGCAGUGUACAGAUUAAAAAUGGUCAAUUGGUUUAUGGUUUGUAUCGUUCCAGACGCGCGCGUGCGUGGGG